AUGGCACCUCCACCGAAACCGCAAUCCUCCUCUUCGAAUUCAGCCCGGUCUUCCAUCUCCUCUGGCACUUCUCUCGAGCUGCCAAUUGGCAACUCUGCACCAGCACCGCGGAGAACAGUUCAAGGGCCAGGCGGAGGCGAGUUCCUCUUCGUCGACUCACAGGCCGAUACAGCCGAGAACCAUGCGCUCAAGAAAGAGAAACAGGCGUUUGCCCUGAACAAGUAUUUCCGGCGGCGGCGGGAGGCCGCAAUUGAACGGGUCAAGCCCUCGAAGCCGCUGCCGAGUUCUCGUCGGCGUAUCGAGCACCAAUCGCAAUUGCAGAAUCCAGCCACGGGCGAUGAUGAGGGCACCGAGAACAGGGACUGGGAACUCGAAGAUUUCAACGACUACUCUGCAAUCACCCAAUAUACAUCUCUAACCACGUACCUCAGCCAAGGCCACACGGACCCGUUCGCGUCCGCCGCGGUGGAAUUGACGAACCCGCGAUAUAGCUACUUCUACCACUUCCGAACCCACAUAAUCCCCGCCUGCUACCCGCUCGACGCAACCCGCAUCAGCACCUACUGGUGGCGGCAGGCAAUCACCCAACCGGCCCUGCUGCAGGCCCUCAUGUUCCUCGCCGCAGGCCACCAGGCAAGUCUCCAGCUAACGAAUAACGCGCAUGGCCGGAACUCGCAAGAGACAGCGUUUCGGGCGCUCAAGGAUUCGUGGCGCUCCCGCGGGGAUAGUCUCAAGCUCCUCCAGGAUAUCAUUCGCGACCCCGGGUGGGCCGUUGCCGAGUCGACGGGGUUGGCGAUUGCGACGCUGGUUACUAUUGAGGCUGUGAAUGCCAACUUUGCCGCUGUCGAGGCGCAUGCCAAGGGGCUCCGGAGGGUCUUUGACCUGUUCGGGGGGCUGGACCGGGCGGAUCAUAUGUUCCUCUCCAAGAUAUACCUAAGCGACGUCAAAGCGGCAGCCCUAACAAACACGCGCCCCAGCUACCCCAUCUUCCCCAAAUGGCGCAACGCCAUCCUGCAACACGCAAAGCUGUACCAGUUCGAAACGAGCGCAGGACAGGGACAGGGACAAGCACGGGGACAGCCUGCGCACGAACUCAAGCUCACGACCCCGAGGCACCUGGGUACACUGGGGACCUCGUUUUUCAAGGCACCGUGGUAUCCUGGUCUCGCGUCGAGCAUGAAGACUUUCCUACGGGUUUUCUUGAGACUGCUCGUUUACUACGAGUCGGCGGUUCUGGCGCCGGAGCUUGUCAUGGAUACGGAUAAUGAUUUGUAUAUUCUCUUCGAGCAUCAGCUCUUGGAUACGCGGUACACGACUGCGGAGCGCGUCAUCACAACGGCAGAGGACGAGGCCGAGGCCGAGGCCGAGAUGAGCAGGAGCCUAGGCAUAAAUCCAAGAAACAGCCCGCUCAACGAACCGCUCCGUCUCACGCUCCUCACGUUCCUCACAACCAGAAUGUGGCAUCUGCAGCCCUUCCCGGCGAUGGAGUAUACGACGCGAUAUCUAAAGGAAGGCCUCUGCGCCACUCUUCCUGACGCAGAAAUAGACCGAAACAGAGAUCCGGAGACUGCUCUAACCAUAGAUCUAAACACAGAUACAAACACAGUCUUACACCAUCUCACCACAACCGCCCCCGACCUCCUCUUCUGGAUCCUCUUCGUCGGCGGGAUGGCGAGCCAGAGCUAUACCUCGUACCCGUGGUUCGUCGAGCAACUGGCCCUGUCGGUGCGGUCUCUCGGGCUAUGGGAGUGGGAACAGGCGCGGGAGGUGCUAGGCGGGUUCUUCUGGUGUGACCAGGCUGGGUUGAAGAGGGCGGAGGAGGUGCUCUGGCGGGAUGUCCUCGGGAAGGUAGCUGCAAUAGGUUGGGAGGGGGCGGAAAUGAUCUCGAGGUGUGAUUGA